AUGCAGAUCGAGCAGCCGUUUGUGAUUGCUUCGGCAUUGCCGAGGGAGAAGGCGAUGCUUGUUCAGCCUCUUCCGAGCUAUUAUGGAAGGGCACCGUUACAGUCAUCGUCAUCGGCAGCAAGGGGAACGGUAUAUCUCGAUUUAACCGAUGGAGACGGACAGAGCGGCGAGGGAGAUCGGGAUCGAGAUCCCCUGCGCGUGGCGAAGAGUUACGCUUGGACGGGGUAUGGGAUUGAAGAAGUGCAUGCGUGGACGGUUGAGAUGCUGCGGUUACUGGUGCGACAAAAUGUGCCGAUUGAUUUUGCACGCAUGGCUUCUGGUAUUUGA